CGCGCAGGCUCGCAGUAAACAAGCUUCCGGGUUAAGGUUGUUAUUGGCUGUCUUUUCCCGUGUUUUUUUGUGUGGAUAACAGUCAGUUUUAAGGAGAGUAUUUAUGUUUUAUUGUCGUUAUUUAUAUGAUCGACGUUACAUUUAACGAGAAACUUUUUUUUUGUUAAUAUAUUUCAAUAUAAAUAGUGUUUGGCUGUCUACAAACUCCCGAAUCUCUGACUGAAGUGAUGCAACAUGGCAGCAACUGCUGUCAAUAGGUGUCUUCUGUCAGCAUUAAGGACACAUACUCGGUGUCAGAGCCGUGGACUGAACUCUUUGGCUGAGAGGACAGUCAGUCGGGUGUCCUCUGUUGCGUUAUGUGGGCACAGGGGACCAGAAGAUAACGAAAAGCUGGGCAGGACAACUCCUGCUUGGGAUAGAAGAAGUGGUCAGCGGGACAAACAAAGCAGUCGUCCUCUGCUCAAGUCAGUGUCGCUGGGUUUGGGCGUCUGCGGUGCGGUGCUUCUGGACAGUAAAAAGGACGAACAUGGGGAUAAAAGAGUCCCUCUCUCCGGGCGCUGUCUUGAACUCUUUCUGCCCUCGGCUCAGUGUGCGUCUCCCUUUAAACCCGAAAGCCCCCGCUAUAAAUACAACUUCAUUGCAGAUGUGGUGGAAAGAUCCACCCCAGCUGUCGUGUACAUCGAAAUCAUUGGCAGACACCCGUUUUCAGGGCGAGAAAUCCCAGUGUCAAACGGUUCAGGUUUUAUCAUCAGCAGCGACGGCCUCAUCGUCACCAAUGCUCACGUCGUGGCCAACAAGAGAGGCGUCCGCGUGAAGCUCACCAAUGGAGACAUGUACAACGCCACUGUGCAGGACGUCGAUCCUGUUGCAGACAUUGCCACCAUCAAAAUCACUCCUAAGAAACCCUUACCCACGCUCAACCUCGGUCAGUCGUCUGAAGUUCGCCAAGGGGAGUUCGUGGUUGCCAUGGGGAGCCCGUACGCUUUAAAGAAUACAAUCACAUCGGGGAUUGUCAGCUCAGUGCAGAGAGGCAGCAAAGAGCUGGGCCUGUCCAACUCCAACAUGGAUUACAUACAGACAGAUGCAACCAUCGAUUUUGGAAACUCUGGAGGUCCCUUGAUUAAUUUGGAUGGCGAAGUCAUCGGCAUCAACACCAUGAAGGUCACUGCCGGGAUCUCCUUUGCUAUUCCGUCCGAUCGCGUGAGAGUUUUUCUGGAUCAAGCAGCUAAAAGAAAGAGUUCCUGGUUCGACUCGGGGGCGAAGCGGCGGUACAUUGGUGUCAUGAUGCUGACGCUGACACCGGGUAUCAUUGCCGAGUUGAAGUUCAGGGACAUGUCCUUUCCAGAUGUGACGCACGGUGUCCUGAUUCACAGAGUCAUCCAAGGCUCCCCGGCCAAAAGAGCUGGCAUUCAACCAGGAGACGUUGUGCUGGAGAUAAACGGGGUCACGGUGAACUCCUCGGAGGAGAUCUACCACGCCGUCCACAGCAGCGACAAAGUCACUAUGUUGGUGCAAAGAGGACACGAGACGAUUCAAUUGCAAGUGACGCCUGAGUACACGGAGUGAUGCUAACCUCACCAUCUCCUAACUUUAUGUGGGCCUGGUGGACGGACAACAUGGUUGGUCGAUGUUCACGAGAGGAGACAGAUCCAAUACAGAACUGUGACCGUGGUGAUGGCUGUUUAAUCAUUUUCAUGUGAUUUACUGACAUGAAUAAUCAGUAUUUUUCCCUGGGUUUCUACCUCUACAAAUUGUUUUGUUAUUCAUUACAAGACAGUAGGAACACGUUCAUGGGAUGAUUUGUUCUUCAGCAGCCAAACAUUGUGAAAUAAAAGAAUGUGAGUUGAAACAGUG